ACCUUUUGUGAUCAACAGCGAGAAAACACUUGGAGAAAUCGGCAAGCAGUUUUUCCUGCUCAAAUGAUCUUCUUCUCAGUUACUGUUUUCGGCUGUGUUCCAGAAAGCUGAGGCUUCUCUGAGCCAGACUUCUGAUCAGUGAAGUAUCGGUGUCCUCGUGCGAGCACUUCCAGCAGCCCCCUACUGAUAGAGUGCACUAUAGCUGAGACAUCUUGCGUUAAAUAGUGCCCUACCAAAAAAAGCUUUACAAAGUGCCAGAGAGACUUUUUAUCAGUUUGAAAGUUUUUCUUCACCUAGCUCUCUAGUAAAGAUGGAUGUAAAGCUAAAAGAUCGGGACUUCUGGUACAGCCUCCAUGGCCAAGUCCCCGGGAUGCUGGAGUGGGACAUGGGAAAUGAAUUUUUCCUGCCUUGUACCACAGAUCAGUGCUCUUUGGCUGAGCAGAGUCUUGCCAAAUACAAAAUUCAACUGCUAAAACCACCAGCACAGCCUCAGGAGAGGAAGCCCAAUCUUGAUGAUGAUGGCCCUCCCACUGAACCCAGCUUGUGGAUGUGGGUGAAUCCCAACAUUGUGUGCCCCGCCAACAUCAAAGAGGCUCCAAAUCCCAGUCAUAAAGUCCUGCCAAGUGCACCAGGCCCAAAGACUGAUGAGCCUGGCUGCCUAGGGACUCAGAGAGUGAUGCAGCCCUUGUCUUUUCUCCACACUGAGCGUUGUCAGCAACCAAAGCUGUCCACGUUCUCCAACGACCCUGAUUUCAUAGAGGAGGAGACUGAGGAACAGGAAUGCACAUCCUCUAACAAAUACAACAGGAAGCCCCACACGCUGUACCCUGAGAGGCAGUCCUGGCCACGCCCUCCUCUCAACUACAGCCAUCUAGUUGCUCUAGCAUUAAAAAGCAGCCCUUCCUGCGGCCUCAACGUGCAACAGAUCUACAAUUUUACUCGACAACAUUUCCCCUAUUUCCGGACAGCACCAGAGGGCUGGAAAAACACCAUUCGCCACAAUCUCUGCUCCCUGACGUGCUUUGAAAAGGUGCCAGUCCCCCUUGAGGAUGAUGUGGAUGGAAAACCUCGCUCUUUUCUCUGGAAGCUCACUGAUGAGGGACACCGCUUCUUUCAGGAGGACACCCGUGUCCUGGCCUAUGCUCGAAAGGAGAGCAUCAAGCAGUGCAUGCGCCAACCAGAGCUGAUAGACCUUCUCUUUCAUUUUUAAUGUUUUCUUCUUUUCUUGUGUGUGUGUGUGUG